AUGUCAAACACUUCAUCAAGUUGUUCAUACCCUUCUUCUUCACUAAAAGAGUUUCCUUCACCCACUGCACAAAACAAAUUAUUAAAACAAAAAGAAAAUACUAAGACAGCAUUACUAACAGCAUUUGUUAUUGGUGUAUUAAAUUGGGUUGGAUGUACAUUGGUUAUUCACAAAAGAAAAAGGACAGCAGUUAAAUCAAUGCAAUAUUUUGACGUUGCAGAAAUUCGUGGUCCAGCAACAGUGACGUCAAGUGAUAUUGAUAAGAUAGUUGAGGAAUUUGAAAAAAAUCAACCAGCAUUAUCUUCGACUGUUCUUUCUGAUCCAUCACCAAAAGAUAUUACGCGAAUUUCUUUUCGUCAUAAAUCAAAAAGUGCACGAUGUGCUAUGUUUAAUACAAUGAUGAAAGUAGCAGAAAAAGUUGGAAAAGAUGAAGUUUCAUUUGAAGUAGUAAAUUCUAAACGGACAAUAUUAACAAUUAAAAAAUUAGGAUUUAAUUCUGUUAAAUUAGCAGGAAAAACUUUAAACAAAGAAUUAAUUAAUAAUAUAGCAUGUUCAUUACAUAAAGCAUUAUGUAACUUUGUUGAUAAUUAUAGAGAAUUAAGAAUAAUUGAUGAACAUACAAGAGAAGUUGUUGUUCUAAAACCACAUUUUCCUUUACUAGAAGAUAUUUUUUCUAGUUUUGGUGUUCCUUAUUUUCAUGAAACACGAGAAAUAAGAGAACUUCGUAAAUCAGAACUCCUUAACUUCAUUAAAAGUCCACCAAAACCAAGUUCUUUUUUAAAGAAAAAACAAAAUAAACUAAGUAAUGAACCUUUUCAAGAAUCAAUAAAAACAAAUGCAGCCCCAAUUCCUUCUUCUUUAAAGACAAAACCUAUAAGAAAAUAUUGGUUAUUAACUGAUGUUUUUCUUUAUGAACAAGGUUGUAAUAUCUAA